AUGAAGCCGGAAGCUGUGGCGGCGUCCAAGUCCGGCAGCAGCAGCAGCAGCACGGUGGCCUUCUCAUGGGAGCAUGAGCCCGGGGUGUCCGAGCAGAGCCCCGCGGAGGACAGGACGAAGCCCACCGCGGGUCCUGGUGCGGCCCGCGCGGAGGCUGAAGUCAGCAGGAGGACGCCGGCGAGCGCUAAGAAGCAGGUGACGGCGCACCCGCACUGCCUGCGCGUGCCGCCACCUCCAGGAGGGCCGGGUGCGCCGGCCGCCUCGCCGCCGGGGAGGAGAAAGCCGAGGAGCAGCCGCCGCGUCAGGCCGUCUGAGGAUCCGUUCCUUGCAGCCUACCAGGCCUGCAUGGAGGACGCCGCCAACGACGGCGGGAGAGGCUACAGCGGGGCCCAGAAGCUGCUUGGCUGGGCCGGGCUUGGCCUCGGGACGCGUGGGCUCGGGCUCUCUUGCAAGAGCUCGUGUGGGGCCGUCGAGGAGUGCGUCGUCAGGCUUGCUAAGAUCCCUGGACUCGACGAGGAUUGA